AUGGUCCUCAGUUCGCUCAACGAGACAGAUGGGCCAUCUCAGGCUUCUCAGAUGCUUCUCGUUUCCCAGGCAAUUGUAUCUGAGCUGGUCCACGCCCAGGAAAAGGGAUUAUCUGUAAAUCUGAAUGAUGUCAGAGUUAAGCAAUGCAAAAAGCUCAGAGUUACUGGAAUGCCCAAGCUCGUUGACAUUAUUUCCGCAAUUCCCGACGAGCACAAGAAGACACUACUGCCGAUGCUCAAAGCCAGACCAAUUAGAUCUGCUUCUGGUAUCGCCGUCGUCGCUCUAAUGUGCAAGCCUCACAGAUGCCCUCACAUCGCCAUGACAGGCAAUGUCUGUGUGUAUUGUCCAGGUGGCCCAGAUUCAGACUUCGAAUACAGCACACAAUCUUACACAGGCUACGAGCCAACGUCUAUGAGAGCCAUUAGAGCGCGCUACGACCCCUACGAGCAGUCUAGAGGACGUGUCGAGCAGCUCAAAAUGCUCGGCCACAGCGUCGAUAAAGUCGAAUAUAUUAUCAUGGGUGGUACUUUCAUGUCCAUGCCUGAAGACUACAGGAACAAAUUCGUCGCUCAGAUGCAUAACGCGCUCAGUGGCUACACGGGUACUGACAUCGACGAGGCUGUCUCGUAUUCUGAAAGGGCAAACACUAAAUGCGUCGGUAUAACUAUCGAAACGAGACCUGAUUACUGCUUGAAACCUCACCUAAGCCAGAUGCUUAGAUAUGGAUGUACUCGAUUGGAAAUUGGUGUUCAAUCUGUUUAUGAGGAUGUUGCACGUGAUACUAACCGUGGUCAUACUGUUCGAGCAGUUUCAGAGAGUUUUCAUUUAGCCAAAGAUGCUGGUUACAAAGUUGUCGCUCAUAUGAUGCCUGAUUUGCCUAAUGUCGGUGUUGAACGUGAUUUAGAACAGUUCAAGGAAUAUUUCGAGAAUCCUGCGUUCAGAUCUGAUGGUUUGAAGAUCUAUCCGACGUUGGUUAUUCGUGGUACUGGAUUAUAUGAGCUUUGGAGGACUGGCAAGUACAAGAACUACACGCCGAAUGCGCUUGUGGAUAUAGUCGCGCGCAUUCUAGCACUCGUUCCUCCAUGGACGAGAGUUUAUCGUGUACAACGCGAUAUACCAAUGCCGCUGGUUUCUUCUGGAGUUGAAAAUGGCAAUUUGCGCGAGAUGGCCCUCGCAAGAAUGAAGGAUUUUGGUACAGAGUGUCGCGACGUCCGAUACAGAGAGGUCGGUAUACACGAGAUACACCACAAGGUGAGGCCAUCGGAGGUAGAGCUGAUCCGCAGGGACUACACGGCAAAUGGUGGCUGGGAGACGUUCCUGUCUUACGAAGAUCCGGAAAAAGAUAUACUCGUCGGGUUGCUCAGACUGAGGAAAUGCUCGGAGGAGGGUACAUUCAGAAAGGAGCUUGUAGAUACAGAUGAGAAGACGGGACAGAAACGCUACGCGUCUAUGGUCAGAGAGCUACAUGUGUACGGUACAGCUAUACCGGUGCACGGACGUGAUCCAACCAAGUUUCAGCAUCAAGGUUUCGGAACACUGCUGAUGGAGGAAGCAGCGAGGAUCGCCAAAGAGGAGCACGGCAGCCAUAGGCUGGCUGUAAUUUCAGGUGUGGGGACUAGAGAUUACUAUAGACGACUGGGAUAUAAGCUGGAUGCAACAGCCAAGAGGAAAUCAAGAGAAAACGCGAUGAGUGGAAACCAGGAUCAGAUUGAGAUAAAGACGCUCGAGACAGAGCGUAGGAGCAGUCCACCACCAGCACCAGCACCGCAAUCACACAAGCCAAAACUGAGUCCAUACGUUAUCAUCCCCAUUUGGAUAGCACUCAGCUCAAGCGUAAUACUCUAUAACAAAGCAAUCCUCGAUUCUUUCCACUUUAAAUAUCCCGUCUUCUUAGUCACAUAUCAUUUGACGAUUUCUACUAUCGGUACACGGGUUUUAGCAAAAUUCACCAAUCUAUUGCCAGAUUUGAAAGAUGUAAAUAUGACAAAGGAAAUCUGGGUUAAGAAAAUACUCCCAAUUGGUGUCUUCUUCUCCGGUUCUCUGAUCUUUUCAAACACGGCGUAUAUGUACCUGAGUGUAUCGUUUAUUCAGAUGCUUAAGGCUUUUACUCCGGUGGCUAUCCUCGUUGUCUCCUCUGCAUUCGGACUUAGCGCAAUGGACAAGAAGACAUUCGGUAUCGUAUCAAUGAUCUCAUCAGGUGUCUGUAUCGCUUCAUUCGGUGAAGCUGCCUGGAAUACAACUGGUUUCGCUGUACAAGUCAUAGCUAUCCUAUUAGAAGCUUCAAGAUUAGUCAUGAUUCAACUCAUCUUGACUAAUUUGAAGAUGAGUCCACUCACAUCAAUGUACUUCUUCGCUCCAGUGUGCGCUGUUAUCAACGCAUGUAUCCUACCAUUCACAGAAGGCUGGGCACCUUUCGUUCACUUGAAGGAUCUAGGGGGUAUUGUUUUAGCUACCAACGCAUCAGUCGCAUUUGGAUUAAAUGUCGCAGCUGUUUUCUUGAUUGGUGCUGCAUCUUCAUUGGUGCUCACACUCGCAGGUAUUGGUAAGGAUCUACUGUUGAUUGCAGGAUCUGCUAUCAUAUUCGGUGGCUACCCAACUGUACUUCAAUUAUUUGGUUACUCGAUUGCUCUAGGUGGUCUUGUCUUAUUCAAAACCCAAGGUAAGAAGUAA